GAUCAGCAUUUUUCACAAGGAGAGAUAUGUGGGAUUUUCUUGACAGUGAAGACUAAUGAAAGACAAAUUAGUAGUACUUUAAAUGUUCAACCUGAAUAUGCCCUCUUUACAGUUGACAAAGGAACACUGCAGCUGCCAGUAACCUGGAGAUGAAGCCUUGCCACAUUCUAAUACUAUCCAAACAUUUUUUCCUCCUAGAUUGCUUUCCCUACAGACUAACUCAAAAUGGCUGAAGAGGAGAUUGCUGCUCUGGUUAUAGACAACGGCUCUGGAACGUGCAAAGCAGGAUUUGCCGGGGACGAUGCCCCCAGAGCAGUCUUCCCUUCCAUUGUGGGGCGGCCCAGGCAUCAGGGCGUUAUGGUGGGGAUGGGUCAGAAGGACAGCUACGUGGGUGAUGAAGCACAGAGCAUGAGAGGCAUCCUGACCUUGAAGUACCCCAUCGAACACGGCAUUGUCACCAACUGGGAUGACAUGGAGAAGAUCUGGCACCACACCUUCUACAAUGAGCUGAGGGUUGCCCCAGAGGAGCACCCGGUCCUGCUUGCCGAAGCUCCUCUGAACCCCAAAGCCAACAGGGAGAAGAUGACCCAGAUCAUGUUUGAGACCUUCAACUUGCCAACCAUGUACUUGGCCAUCCAGGGAGUGCUGUCCCUGUACACCUCUUCCCGUAUUAAUGGGAUUGUCAUGGACUUGGGAGAUGAUGUCUCGCACACUGUGCCCAUCUAUGAGGGGUAUGCCCUGCCCCACGCCAUUGAGCGUCUGAACCUGGCUGGUCGCGACCUGACCGACUACCUCAUGAAGAUCCUGACUGAGCGAGGCUGCAGCUUCACCACCACGGCUGAGAGGGAGAUUGUGCGGGAUGUCAAGGAGAAGCUCUGCGGCGGCGCAUUGGACUUUGAGCAGGAGAUGGCCACUGCCUCUUCGUCCUCCUCCCUGGAGAAGAGCUACGAGCUCCCCGAUGGCCAGGUGAUCACCAUUGGCAAUGAGCGCUUCAGGUGCCCCGAGGCCCUCUUCCAGCCCUCCUUCCUGGGCAUGGAGUCUGCCGGCAUCCACGAGACCAUCUUCAGCUCCAUCAUGAAGUGUGACAAGGACAUCCUAAAAGACCUGUAUGCCAACAUGCUGCUGUCGGGUGGUACCACCCUGUACCCUGGCAUUGCUGACAGGAUGCGGAAAGAGAUCACAGCCCUGGCUCCCUGCACCAUGAAGAUCAAGGUCAUUGACCCACCAGAGCGCAUCUACUCUGCCUGGAGUGGGGGCUCCAUUAUGGCAUCUAUCUCCAGCUUCCAGCAGAUGUGCAUCAGCAAGCAGGAGUACGACGAAUCUGGCCCCUCCAUUGUCCACCGUAAAUGCUUCUAA